AUGGAUGAGCAGCCUAAUUUGCACCCUACUCGUCAACUCUCCAGUCGCAAGUCGAAGCCCUCCAUAGAGGACCUAAUCGACCAUCAUCGGCCGGUUUACUGGAUAUCCUCGUCUGGGUCUAGCCACGACGGACACAUCAAUGGCGAUACCAUCACCGACCCCAUGCGUAUCCGAAUACGCGUGUCGCGACUGGACGCAGCCGCCGUCAGCCAAGUCGGUGGGUCCACUUCGGCCGCGAAUCGACAGUCCGCCGCACCCGCGCUCAACUCCUCUGCGUCCGCGCGGUCGUCGCCGCCGCCACCCUUUGUGCGCGACUCCGACCCGCUCCGACCGCCCGUCCAAAAUGGGGGCCUCGACGCAUGGAUGCACUUAGGAUCCGAAAGUGAAAGUAGCAGCGAUAGCGAUGAAGAGGAAGACAACCUGCCGUUGUCGGAUCUGUGCAAACGAGUGUCCACGACGACGGAACAGCCUUCACCACCGCCCAAGUCCCGUUGCACAGCCUCCAUGUGCGAACGCCCUGCUUUAACAUCCGACAACCGUUGGGACGGUCAAUUCUGCUCCUCCGACUGUCUCGUCAAGGCCUGUCGUGAGGCCUUUGAUGCUAUGUUCCAAAACCAUCACCACUACCUGACGCCAGCUUUCGAAAACCCCGCUAGUAUUGUUUCCUGA